AUGUACCACUCAUGCAACUCAUGCACCGAUAAAUCUAGUCCCUCCAGCUGUCUGAGGCGAUCAGUGCCACCGACGUCCGCCUUGUCAAAAACUGGGGAGAAAGCAAAGAAAGCGGGAACCACGAGAAAUGACCAAGUAUGGAGACCCGAAUGGACCUGGGACAGCCCCAAACUUAAGCAUACCCAUCUUCGAGUUCAAUUUUGUUUUGAACAGCACAGGGAGACGCAGGUCGAUGUCCGCACUGUAACCCCAAUCACCCGAGGAAUCACGGAUCCCUUUUAUGAGAACACUGGACAGGGAACAUCCGCGUCAGCAGAAGAAACCGACCCAUACCCUAGCGAGAUUGGCGCUGCAGCUCUGGGUAAAGCGCAAGCUAGAUAUGGGCUUUGCCAGCUACGGCGCUUUGUAGCAAGUAGUGGUAGCAUGCCCUGGAAAUACCAUACAUAA